AGGACAGCAGCCUCCACCACCACCACCGAAAACACCACUAUCGUCAUCACCAAGUAGAGGACGCAGAAGAAGAAGAAAAACUAGAAUUACCGAUCCCGGAAGCCGUUCCGUCGCCGCCGCCGCCGCCACCACCACCACCAGUUCUACCGGGAGUGACCGGAGAGGGAGGUGGCGCCGCGCCAAGUGGUCCGCGAGGUCCACCGGAUCAGCUGGAUGGAAGUGGAGUAGGAGGGCUGGGAGGAGGGCCCUCUCGGCAGUAUGCACCGCUUCCGGAACACGUUCACUAGGUCCAGGACCCCGACUGGUGCGGAGAUGAAAACCCAGAGCAGUCUCGAAGUUCCAAAGCAGGUUCGUUCAGCAUCGUUCGACGAGAUCCAGCUCGAAGCCCAGCGGGCGAAUCAGUUUCUAAAGGUGCACCAGAGUUCGGCGGACGAACCGCUUUCGCCGGGUUUGGGGUUGCUGCAAGUUCCACAGGUUCCGGGAGCCGGCCAGCGGUCGCGAAGUUUCGAUCUAACUGGGGCCGGGGGUGAAGAAGCGCACGCAGCGGUUGCCGCGGCCUUUCUUGACGUGCCAAAGCGCUUCCAGCGGCGCAAAUCAAGCUCGAAGACCCCACCGCCGUGCAUCCACUGUUUGUACCUGGAGGAGUACCGGCGGCUUACCGGAGUCGACCAGCGCCAGUACUACGACAACAGUGAGUACCAAACGCUCAGCUACACUUCAUCUUCGUCGGACGAAGACGAAGACGACGACGACGACGAGGACGAGGAAGACGACGACCAGGACGAAGAUCCGGACGACGAUCGACCGGGCGAAGAGGAUCCCGGGGAGGACUUCGACUUUACCUUCCCAGGAUGCAACGUCCAGUGCAAUACUCUGCUGCCACCACCGCUGGUGUCCCCGUGCGGGAUCACCUUCACCCUUUCGCCCACCAACGGAGAUGACAUCGAAGAUGGCGGCGUCGACCCGGAAGUCCUGCCGGAAAUCGGCCCAAUCCUGCCGCCGCCACCCAUGUUCGACACGCCAUCGUACCCGCCUCUUCCACCGUUCGCCCUGGGUUCACUCCCGAUCGGGUCACCACCGAUCACCCCCUGCUCAGCGUACCCCCCUCCGUCCCCGACGAUCGAAGUGCCUCCCUGUUCGCCUUCCGCGGACGACCCCCCAGGAGCGGGUGCCACCCGGACCCGACGACGAUCCAUCUCCCGCCAGGAGGCGAUCUUCGUCGAACCGACCGGCAACUCGCUCGAAAACGUCUCGUCCGCCGAACCCACCAUCAACCAAGACAUCAACAUCAUCGUGCCGGACGAUCCGGAUGAAGCGGCCGCCAGCAGCAGCCGGAACCAGUCCUGCGAAUCCGUCGACCAAUCCGUCGACUACAAUGACAAUCAGCACCAGUUCCACCAGUACCACCUGCCGCGGCCAUCGUUGCCGGCUGCCGUCGCGGCGGACUUUGUCCGCGAUAUCUACCUGCAGGUGCCGGACCUCAAGCGGGACCGGGCCGCCUCGGUGGACUCGUGCUUCACGAAGGUGACGGGCGCGAAAACCGAAGGUGAAGCCCCGGAAGGAGCUGACGCUGCUAGCGGUGCCCGGCAGCGGCGCGAUCGGUCCCGGUCGGUGGACAUUGUGCUGCCGACCGAGGAGCAGGCACGCUACAAGGCACUCGCACUAGCGGGGACGACGGCCGCCGGGGCGGUCAGCGCGGGCGCCAAGGGGAAAACCAGUGCCGAUACCCACGGUCGGCAGAUCCGGUGCACGCCGGACUGGAGCGAGAAUGCCGUGUCCGGGGACCACCUGUGGGUGCCGACGUCCGUGUCCGGUGACUGCUGCUACCUGGGCGACAGCGAUUGCACGAAGCACGGUCCCCGGAUGAAGUGCUCGGCGUGCAAGAUCAUCACCCACGCGAGCUGCAUCUCGGCGCUGAUGGAGCGAACGCAGCUGCAGUGCAAGCCCACCUUCCGGGACGUCGGCGUCCGGCAGUACCGGGAGCAGACCAAGACGACCCACCACUGGAUCCACCGGCGGACCGAGAAGGGCAAGUGCAAACAGUGCGGCAAGUCACUCCAAGCGAAGCUCUCGUUUAGUUCUAAGGAAAUUGUUGCUUUAUCAUGUGCCUGGUGUAAAUCAUCAUAUCAUAACAAGGAAGCGUGCUUCAACCCGGAACGGAUCGGCGAGGAGUGCACGCUAGGAACGCACCGCAGCAUCGUGGUGCCGCCGUCGUGGAUCGUCAAGCUGCCGCGCAAGGGCAGCUUCAAGUCGUCGCUGCGAAAGUCCACCCAAAAGAAGAAGAAGGCCGGCAAGAAGCCGUCGAUGCCGAAGGAGCCGCGCACGUUCGUCAUCAAGCCGAUCCCAACGGCAAACCUUACGCCGGUGCUGGUGUUUAUCAAUCCGAAAUCGGGCGGAAAUCAAGGUGCCAAAUUGCUUCAAAAGUUCCAGUGGUUGCUAAACCCUCGGCAGGUGUUCGAUUUGACGCAAGGGGGACCAAAAAUGGGGUUGGAGAUGUUUCGCAAGGUGCCCCAGCUGCGGGUGUUAGCCUGCGGUGGCGACGGAACCGUCGGUUGGGUUCUGUCCGUGCUGGACCAGAUUAACUUUGUGCCUCCACCGGCGGUGGGAGUGCUUCCGCUGGGAACCGGAAACGACCUGGCUCGGGCCCUCGGAUGGGGUGGUGGCUACACGGACGAACCGAUUGGAAAGAUUCUGGACAACAUCGGUGACUCGGACACGGUGCUACUGGACCGGUGGAACCUCAAGGUGGAGCCGAAUCCGUCCGUACAGAACGCCGAUCCCGGCAAGGACAACCUGCCGCUGAACGUGGUCAACAACUACUUCUCGCUGGGCGUCGAUGCCCACAUCGCACUAGAGUUUCACGAGGCGAGAGAGGCCCACCCGGAAAAGUUCAACUCCCGGCUGCGGAACAAGAUGUUCUACGGUCAGGCCGGCGGCAAGGACCUGCUCAAGCGCAAGUGGAAGGGCCUGGCCGAGUUCGUGACGCUCGAGUGCGACGGCAAGGACCUGACGCCGAAGCUGAAGGAGCACAAGGUGCACGCGAUAGUAUUCCUCAACAUUCCAAGUUAUGGCGGUGGAACCCACCCGUGGAACAAGUCCGGUGGCCAGUACGAGCCGGCCACCGACGACGGCAUGAUCGAGGUGGUCGGACUGACCACGUACCAGUUGCCGCUGCUGCAGGCCGGUGGCCACGGGACGUGCAUCGCCCAGUGCAAGUCGGCGAAGAUUGUCACGUCGAAAACGAUCCCGAUGCAGGUGGACGGCGAAGCGUGCAAGCUGAAGCCGUCCCUCAUCGAGAUGACCCUGCUGAACAAGGCUGUGAUGCUGGCGAAGCGAAAGCCCGGAAGGGCCAACGUGCUACAAGAAAAGCAAGAAUCUCUCAACAUAACGCUGCUGAAGAUCAUGAUGGCGGACUACGAGCAGAAUCACUACGACAAGGAGCUGCUCAAGCAGGCCGCCGUCAAUCUGGGCACGCUGGACGUGCCCGUGACGGAUCUGGAGCAGGUGCGCGUCCUCAUCAAUCGGUACUGCGAGGAGCAGCCGGACGCGCCCAAACUGUCCCCGGACUGGUGCUUUAUCGAUUCCUGCACGGCCGAGCGCUUCUUCCGGGUGGACCGGGCGCAAGAGAAUCUCCACUUCAUCACCGACAUCGCCACCGACUGCAUCUUCGUGCUGGACCAGGAGUGUCCCACCCUGCCCCAGACGCCCGAGGACGAAAACGGCAGCAGCGGCGGCGGUGGCCAACUAUCCGCCCUGCCGUCCCACCUGAGCAGCGUCGAGUCGAGCGAUCGGGACUCGCGGGACGGUACGCCCCAGUCGCCGGGCGGUGUCAAGUUCUUCCAGCGGUCAUUGUCGGGACCGGGCUCGGGAAGCGCCUCGGAUUCGCUUUCGCCGGCCGUAGACAUUCCAUCGAGAAAGAGUUCCCAGGGCUCGCAAGGUUCACACGGGUCGCACGACAGUCCACGUGGUGCGGAUGAUCGACCCGCCACGGGUGGAACGCUCGGCAAUGGCCAGAGUCUGGACCAGCUAGUCAACUUCAAGAGCUUCCACGAGCGAUUGUUCGGGUUGAAUGAAGAUGCCUUCGGAUUCAGCAAUCUGCUGGAGAAGACGACGGACGCGAUAAUUAAGGCGGCCAAAACGGGCGAUCUCGUGAUGCUUAAGGACCUCCACAUGCAGGGCUACUCGCUGCUGUCGAUCGACUCCAGCGGCCAGACGGGCCUGCACUACGCGUCCCGGUACGGCCACAAGGAGAUCGUGCGCUAUCUGAUCUCGUACGCGCCCAACACCAUCAUCAACAUGAUCGACAACGAAACCGGCCAAACGGCCCUCCACAAGGCGGCCCUGACGAAGCGGCGCAGCAUCUGCUACAUGCUGGUGGCGGCCGGCGCCAGCCUCAUCAUCCAGGACAACAACGGCCGGACGCCGAAACUCCUCGCGCUCGAGGCCGAGGACCGCGAGCUGUCCGGCUACCUUGAAAACCAAGAACAGUUCCAGCUCGCUGACUACCAGGCGAGUGCGUGAGACAGGCGUCCUCCGCCGCCGUCGUACCCGCCCCCACCGGUCCCGUCGUCGUCGUCCUCAUCCUCAUCGUCGGCCAGCCGCCGGCAGUGUUCCUUCUCCUAGCCGCUGUGUGGUGUCCUGGUCGAGAACCUGCGGGACUGCGUCCUGUCCUAGGAAGCGGUUUGCUUAUUUUUUUUCGUUGUUUUUGUUUUCGUUUAACGUUUGAGAAACGAAAUGGGAAGGAAAGGCCACUUUCGGGUGAUUGUUCAUUGUUAUUUAUUGCUAUAAACACGGUACACUUAGCUGUUAGCGAAUGGUUUUAGGUUAAAGCUAUAUAUCUUUUAUAACUAUAGUAUUAAAAUGAUUCAAGCGAGCUGCACUGAAAGUUCCACUAUAUUUACACUUCGCUGAAAAACUGAAACUUGAUUAACUGCAGAAAUCAUGCAGAGCUAGUGCGAACCAAACUCUGAGGAGGAAUUCGCUGGGAAAAUUGCAUUUCAUAUCAGAAAUUAUGUCUUUUCCGAAAUAAUGAUUCAGAUUUAUUUAGAUGUUCCUUGGGAUAUUCUUUCAAGCGUUUUUAUUUUUAAAGAGUUAGAUGAAUAAUUUUCAACACUUUUCUUCUUCAAAAUCAAGGUUGAGUUUUUUCAGUUUUGGGUUAUUUUUACUCAAUUUUUGAGCAUUUAACUCAAUUAUGGGUGAUUUCACUCAGAUGUCAGAAUUACAGAUAAGGGAGCGUUCUUUUAUUACGUAACGCAAAAAUCCCUCCCCUUGUAUGGAGCGUAACACGGCCAACGACCUCCGUUACGUUAUAAAGGAACGCUCCCUAAUCAACAAACAAUACAUUUUGGAAAGCCAUGAUGCUUUGAUUUGAACCUACUCGAAAUCAACCAUUUGUCAGAUUUGGAUGAAUAUUACUCAUAAUCACUGACAGAUCAUUAUUAACUCAUUAUUGAUUAGGUUCGGUUUUAACAAAAACUGAGUGAUUUGAAUGUGCAUGCAGCAACCAAAGUGUCAGCUUGCUAAAUAAUUCUUUUGAAUGUCAGAUUUUUGAGCUUUGAAUUUGUUAAAUAAAUCAGUAUAAUUUUUUAAAUGCCAGGAACAAGUGAAUAAAUCUAACAAAAUUAUAUUGAAACAGUUUUCGCAGCGUUUUUCUCCAAGCAAAGAAAACAAAAAAGAAAAAAAAACACUACAAAAAAUCACAAGGGUUAAAUUAAGGCAAUUUCUCUAGUCAAAUUGUGUUAACAAAUGGGUUUAAUUAAUCAUCAAAUAUUCUAUACACAAACACACACACACUAACACACACAAAACAGCCUCACAUUUAUACAUCGACAUCGGCGUGGGAGCGGUAUCGUCCAGGACACCGCAAUGGGAGAAAGUUAGGAGUGGGGUAAUCGGGGACAUUAAUCAGCAAAUUAGAAGCCAGCUGCGUAGCAGCGCCCCAGUGAGCGAAAAACGGCGAAUCUCAGCGUGCGUGCGACCAGUGAAAAAUAAAAGGCGCGGAGGACAUACAAUAAAUCAAUCAAAACGUCUCGAAAAAAAAGAUGCGAACGAAUUAAGAAAGCGACGUCAGGUGGCGUGGAUUUUGACGCGAGACACAGUUGCCAGUUGUUUUUGCACCGGGUCGAAAUCUUUUGCAAGACAGUGUUUUGAUUUUGUUUAUUUUUGAACUUUAUUCAACCCCUUAAAAAUGAAUAACAUAUCACGAAACAAAGGCUUACCAUCGAAUUUAAAGGGCGAGCAGCGCUCGCCGAACCGUUGUUCAUCGUGCUACGGCAUUUAUCGUUGACCCCCUCUCCACCUCUCAAUUGUUACGUUUCAAUUUAGCCACACGUGUUUAUCUUCGAGCAAAAUAUAAACAUCAAAUUAGAUAGCCAUUUUGAAAGAUUAGUAACGUUGUAAGAGGGCGAAAUCGAAGUGGGUAAAAUCGUAGCUAGUGAUAUUCCAAAGUUUGACCAAAAACGGAGUUCAAGCGUAAAAUAUAUCUCUUUCUCACUACAUCUUCCAAGCAAAAGGAUGCAACCCUUUGACGGAAUCCAACAAAAAAGGGGAAAAAAUAACAAAUAACAACAAUAUCAAAAGACUUGGCCAUCAGCAAAAUAUUAGAGGGAAAUAAAACGCAGUAAGAAAAAUUUAGCGUGUUUGGGUGAGUGUGAUAAAAAUAGCAUCGAACAACAACAACACACACAAAAAAACAAUCUCACCACUUGUACAAGUAAGUUUGACUUACUAGUUACUAAAUUGGAGGCUCAUCUCAUCACUAUGAAAUGGAUAAACCCCGUUUGUUGCAGUAGAAAUUGGAAGCGUGCGCGGAAUCGUUGGUUAGGCAGAGGUUCUCUUUGUUAUUUGGCUUUUCGAAUUGUUUGAACUUUGGAAGCCUGUAACUCGAGAAGUAUCAAAAUUACCUUGAGGUUUUUAGUUUUUCCCGUGCACAAUUUUCUAACGAACACAAUGAUUGUUAAAUUUUCAAAAUUAAAAUUGACGUUAUUUCUUAAAAAAUGUUUUUUUUUUUGCGUUUGUAAAUUAAAUUUCCUUAAGGUUUAGAUAUACAAAAUAGAAACAUUGUUUUCAAAUCACCUUAUCAAAACAAAAACAAGAGAGCCGAACCAACCAAUCGAUUCGCGAAUCGCGUUAGUUUGAAUGUGUGCGUGAGCGACGAGUGCGAGCGAAAACAGCGUGAAACAAGAGACCAAGAGAGAGCGCGUGAGCGCAUCAAAGCAGAGAGCAUGAAAAAGCUUUGUUUUUCAAAGGCAAUUUUCUGACGUUUUGUUUCAAAGUUUUCAAGCUGCUGACGAUUUUUUUUCUAAAUUAUUUAUUUCUUACUAAGCUUCGACUGUUACAAAUCGAACGGAACUAUGUGCCCUUAAAGUUAACGCUAAAAGUUACAACUGAGAAAAAUUUAAACCUUUUUUCCUGUUUGUUUUCACCUUUUCUAGUUAAAUCAAUUGGAGAGUUUAUCGAGUUUGAUGGGGAAAGUUCGCGUUGGAGGAAUGUUUAUUGGGAAAAAUAUAGAAACAAGAAAACUGAUGUCAAUUAUUAACUUUAAAUCGUAGCGAUAGUCGAAAAAACGUGUAAAAAGAAGAAGUCUGUCUUUGAAAUUUUCUCCGCUCUAACGUCGUAAAAACCAGAUUAAAAAAAAACAAUGAGAAGCAUUACCGCAAAUACUUGAAAUGUGAUUUUUCUGUGAAGCAAACCGUUUGAAUAUAGAAUAGUACUCGUUAACUCCUUUGUACGAUAAAAAUUGUAGCUGUAACACACACAGAAUCAAGUGGUCACGUGAUUUUCUUGGACGUUUCUAACUCGGAAAUCUCCCGCCAUUUUGUACAGUUGUAAAUAUUUAUAUUCGAAAGAAGCAAACUUGAGCUCUCCAGCAUUCCAAACCCAGUUUGGAGCACUGGAAUUAGAGGGAGACUUUCCUGAAUAUACUGAAUUGUUAGAAACGUCAAACAAAAUUGAAAUUGUCAUGUCGCGAUAAUAGCUUGAUGGAAAGUCUUCGUGCCCCUAGACUUUUCAUGCGAAUUAUUGUCCUAAUUUCGAGGAAGGCAUCUGGAAAAAGUUUGAGGUUAUUCACAGCGUGGUUUUCCACCUUAUCCCUCACGUGCCCCUUCUCAGCCAGUUUGGGCGCGGAAAGGUGGAAAAAGGGGCCAAAUGUGAACCGGAUUGGAUCAAUUUUGACCGAACGGAACAAAAAUGUGUCAAAUAUCCUCGCAAAAUAUUGAAGAUAAAUCUUGUCUACUAAAAAUAAGAUAAAAAGUCAAAUCUGUCAAACUUUAAUUCGUCACUCGACGGACAGAUGGCAGUGUGUGAUAUUCGCGCAACCUUGCGUGCAAAAAAAGUUCUGUAAAUAGUUAAUCUUUUUCAUUUUUCUGAAAAUAAAACCGCUAAUGACAAUCGUCGUCCAAAGAGGACAUAAAUGCACGUUUCUUUACGUUAAAUUUAAAGUUUUAUUUUGUCCUGAACUUUCCCAAAAAACUUGCGAAAGAUUUCACCCCAAAACAACUGGCAGCACUGCUCGCAAAUCCGACGCCACGCGGAACUGACAGCUGUGACAACAAACAAGGAAACGAAUUACCAGUACGACUUUACUGUUGAAAUUGUGAUCUUCAAACCACUUAACACUUAAUAGAUGUGAAUUUUUCCCACUUUUUUCAGUACAGAGAAAAUCGGUUCGAUAGUAACAUCAGCAACAAUACAAAAAAAAAAGUUUCUCACUCGUGCACUGUUGCCAAACUAAGCUGUACAUAUAAAUGCGCACCCAUCACACCAAUACACUCUCACAUUCACAUCGGUUACGUGCACUGAAAAAAAUCACACGUUCACAAACACACAUUUGGAUUGCAGAAUACUCGUCGAUUUUUGUCCAAUUUUUGAUCAUGCUUGUCACAACAAACACUCACAAACACACAUAAGGAAUCAAAAUGGUAAACUACAAAACACAAAAGUACCACUAGCACCUACUAUAGAAGCUACGAUAGAAAAUGAGGAAAUAAACAAGAUUUAAAAUCAACAACUAAAGUAAAUAAACAAAACAAACUAAAGCAUAUUUAGUGUAAAGAGCUAGGAUAAAGGGUCCAAAUCCGUAGUGAAACCAAAGAGAACAAACAAAGAAGGAAACAAACUAAAACGAAAGAAAGAAAGGGUAAAUCUAGCGAUUCAGAGAGAUAAACUUUAUUACAAUUCAGUACGUCGUGCUAGUGUCCCGCACACCAUAAAAAAAGAUAGACAAAGAAAUACCACAACAACAACUUUUAAAUCUGAAGCAAAACAUAUUUUCAUACCGUAGACUAUACGAGCCAGAGAGCAAACCAAACAAAAAACAAAAUGAAAAUAUGAUACAAAUCCUAUUUUUUCGACCGCUGUAUUUUGUAACGAAAAAUUAUUUCUCACCAGCAAAAUGUAAACAAAACAAUUCUCUCCCACGCACACCAAAAUAACUCAGAUUGAGUCUUAACCAAACAAACUCAAAAUUGAGUAGGGGAGGCAAAUGUCAAAAUCUGCGUUAUUAAAAAUGUGCGUUCACAAACACUUGCAAGACACUGAAAAAAAUCAACAACGUAUAACAAAACGAACUACUUACUAAAUCUGAUGGUGCACUUUGAGCCAACGAUUCCAGAGCAAACUUAAAGUAUCUACUAAAGUGAAAGAAAAAAAAAGAGAGAGAGGUGUAAAUAGAGUGUAUUUGCUGCCAUUUCGUUUCACGGAAUCGUCUUUAGAAAAGAAGAAGUAAAAACAUGUUCCAAGGUACCUAAACCAUACGUUCUCUUACACACUCACACAAACCCACACUCGAAAAAACACUCACCACACUUGUAUGCGUUUAGAUUGCGGAAAUGUUCCGUCAAUCGCACACCAUUGAAAUCGCCUUAUUACUUCACUAGACACCCACACACACACACUUGCACUGACUUGGCACCCCUGAAUUGAACCAAUUUGACAGUUUGGUUUUUGGUGAUUUUAAGCCUAAUGUUUUGGACUCGAUUUAAGUUAAAGUUACACGCUAAAAAUGAACUAUUUUCAUAAACAUUCCAACUUUAGUGUAAUAGGAUCGUUGUUUAGUAUCUUUUAAAUUAUUUAACUUAAAAUUUUAAUGAGAAUACCAUAUUUAUUGCACUUACUAGAAAUUCUAAAAGAAAACCACAAGCAUUGUAUUGUUUGAAAACCAACGUUAUCACCGUAGAAAGUAACACUCUCACUUACACACACACACACACACACAGACACCAACAACACACAAACUCACACUAAAGCCUUUCGAAAAGAUUUUUAAAUAACGAUAGAGGAAAAAGUACUACCAAAUAAGCAAAUAAAAAAACAAGUUAAAUCUAUUUAUCACUCCAAAAGAAGAAGAAAAGAAAAAUGUAUGAAAGUUGUAAGCAGUAGAAGUUUCGAACACAAAAAAAUAACACCGAUAAUAAUUGCACCUCCUCUUUCCCAACUGCAGCCCGUUUUCGUAACGUUUAUUUCAACUCCUCGAAAGCAAAACAAAACAAACAAACUAAAACAUAACAUAUAUAUUUAAACAAGGAAACCAACAAGCAACAAAGCAAAACUACAAGACAAAUCAAUCAAUCAAACGGUUCACAACAAUUUGCAAAUGAAAAAUGGAACAGGCAUAACACUGAAUCGAAAUAUUGUAAGAAACCACGGAAAACACACACACACAUUUAGAAGGAAGAAGGCAAGAAAAUAAUAAAACGGAAAAAUCAACGAAAGUGAAAUUUGCAGAGCAGGAGAGAAAAGAAGAAGAUCAAAGGAAGGAAAGUGUGCAACUAGCGAUGGAACAAUAGCAAAGGAAACAGGAAAGCAACAACAACAACAGGCAUAAUAGAAACAACUCUUGAAUCUCACUAAUUAUUGAAAUGUAAAA